CAUUUUAAUUUCGAUUCGUGUAGCAUAGACGCUGAGUGCAGACUUUUAAAAUACGCCGCCAUUUUUUCGCUUCUUGCUCUCUUGCAAGAGCAUAAACACUUUACUUGAAAAUGUCUCACACAAUCCUGUUGGUCCAGCCAAAUACAAGGCCAGAUACCCGCACAUACUCAGACUACGAGUCGCUGAAUGAAUGUUUGGAGGGUAUUUGCAAGAUAUUUGAAGAGCACCUAAAAAGGAUACAUCCCCAGGACCAGUGCAUCACCUAUGACAUCAGCCAGCUUUUUGAUUUCAUGGAUCAGCUUUCGGACCUUAGCUGCCUAGUGUUGCAGAAAAGUACAGGAACUUAUGUACCUCACAACAAAGAAUGGCUAAAGGAGAAAAUUUAUCAUAUGUUGAGAAAGCAAGCUGGGAAAUAAAAACAGUAUGUGACAAGUCAUCUGCACUGAAGAAUCCAUUCACCAUCUUCAUCCAGCACCUUCGUGCCACACAAAAGAUCCAUAUUGGUUGGCAGCCAUGUAUUUUGUGCUCAUGGCAGAACAUUUUGUGUUUUUAUCUUUGGCGGGAACAGAUUCCAUAAUGUAGUUAUGUCGUUUGUUGAACCAAUCAUUCUGUAUAAAAUCACUUUUCCAUUCAUUGCAAAGGUUGGUGAAUCUUUUAGGCAUUGCAAAGACUCCAUAAUCAGAGUAAACGAAAUAAAAUAGUAUUUUAAUGGCAAUCAAUUAAAAACCAGGUAGAUUUUACAUCAGUUUUCUAAUUUUUGUUCCUUCAGUGAUGUUUUAUCCAAUUAACAUUUUUGAUUUGUCACUUUGCAAUGACAGAGACAUGUUACCAAGUUUCUUUUGCUUCUUUUUUUAAUAGUUAAUUCUAUUAUUAAGCAUUCAAGAAUUGAUCCAGCAAUUUGUGUUCAGUGCAUUUGGUUACCCAAUAGUCUCUAUCUGUUCCUUGCCAUUGUUCAUUUCAUAUUUACAAUCUCAUGCAAUUUGUAUUUAAAAAUAAAUCGCAUGUUUAUGAAAAUGGUU